AUGCCUAAUUUAGAGCAACUCCGAAUCGAACUGCUAACUAAAUCACCGCCUCGUCCCGCAGCUGCUUCUACACCUUCGUCAAGCAAAACGUCGAGCUCAGAAACUCCUUCUAUAAAAAGUAAAAAGUCGAAGGCUAAAAAUAAUCAUUCUGAUGCCAAGGGCAACCAAUCAAACGCAGCAUUACCUGGAAAUAUAUACGCCCCAUUUGCAAAGCCGUGUCCUCAUUGCAAUUGCAAACGAGUACGUGUGGUGAAUACGGGUCGACUAGACGGUCGGCACAUCAUGGAAUGUACUAACAGAGACUGUCUGGCGACAGUAAUGUUUACUGAUGUUCCUGUUGGAACAUUGAUUAAUCCUGGAGGCUCUCUCGAAGAGUUCACUUGGUACGACUUGGAUCCUGAGGAGAUUUUCUAUCCCAGCGCUAUCACGUUGAAACGCUUGGAAGAG